AUGUUUACUGACAAGGACCCAUGUACCGGUAGGCCUUUGAUAUACUCAAUAGAUUAUGCUUCAAUUACAUCAACACCAGAUGUAUCAUGUGAUUAUAUAGAUAAUGCAGCUGUUCUUCUGGAUACCCCGUUUGAAUACGAGGAAGGUUUGAGUAUUAGCGUUUUGGGUGCUUGUAAUGGUCUCAUUUGCUUUGAUAUUUCUAUUAAUAAAGAGAAGAGCAGUUGUAUUUGGAACCCAGCAACUAGAGAAUAUAAGAAAUUACAACGUUCUGAUUCUGGUAACAAUUAUCUUUGUAGAGCCGGGUUUGGUUACGAUAUCAAAACUGGAGAUUACAAGAUUGUAAGAAUUCCAUAUUCUAAAAUACCUGAUUACUGUGAAGUUGAAGUAUAUACAUUUGGAUCACAUUUGUCAAAAACUACUCAUGCCUUCCCUUACGAUUUUCCAGUUGAUGUUGCAUUUUGCUGUGCUUUUCUCAAUGGAGCGCUGCAUUGGACAAGAAGUAUUCCCCUGGAAGAUACCUCCAAUUGUAUAGUCUCUUUUAAUAUUUCAAAUAAAAAACUCAUGGAUGUGCCGUUACCAGAAAAAAGUAUAAUAGAUCCAGAAGAUAGCAACAGGGUGGGGGUAUUGGGAGACUGCCUUAGUUUAGUUUUAGUCCACAAGAGUCUGGACAGAGCUGCUGAAGUAUGGACAGUGCAGGAUUAUGGAGUGAGAGAAUCUUGGACUAAACUAUUCACCACUACUCAAAAACCAAUUACCAAAUAUACUUUUUUGUCUAUACCAAUGCUGUCACUUAAAACUGGUGAAAUUCUGAUAUAUAGUUAUGACGGUGUUAUCUUAUUCGACCCAAAGAAUGAAAAAGUUGGAAACGUGAGCAGUUUUUUCCAAAAAAGUGCAUUUUCUGACCGUCUUCUUAUGAUGAUGAUAGCUCAUCCUGAGAGUUAUGUCGAGAGCCUGGUUUCGCUUAACUCGGGUACUUAUGUGAAGAAGCCUAUAAGGGAUAAAACAUCGAGGUAA